AUGGCUCCCUUUGAUUUCAAGUCCAACAAACACUUUGUUGCUUCAUCUGAUGGGGAAGUAGCCAGCAUCAGCACAAAUCUCGAUGGUGACGACGGCGGCGGCGAUAACACGGCGGAUGAAACCAGGACAUAUAAUGGGUUGGUGUUCUUCGAUGGCCAUGGGAAAAUUCAAGGGUGGGAAGCAUUGACCAAGCUGGCCCAACACCUGAAGCGGUUAACCUUGAUGGUGAACCCCGGAGGUCACUGCUUCCAAGAUGUGAACGAGCUUGGAGAGUACGUCGACUUCGGAGUUCACUAUCUCCGACUGAACGAUUUGUUCAGCUGGCCCCAUCAUGGAGUCGACCUCGCCAGAACUGACAUGUGGGGCAGUUCGGAGUUGAAGUACCACGAUCCCAGACAUGGUCAGCGAUCAAGUCAUAUGGAAGGAGGUAGCGGAAUCAGUAUGGAGAAGUACAAGGUGUUGAAAAGGCUGCUGACGGAGAAGGAUGAGAAACUGGUGAAUCUAAAAGAGGAGAUGGAUGACGAGUUGCAAAAUCUCAGAGAGAAGAAGGAAGAUGAGUUGCAGGAGUUGAAAGAAGAAAUAGGCAAGCUCAACGAAGCAAAAGAAGAAGAAUUGAAAAAAGUUCGAAAGGAGAAGGACGACGAGUUGCGAAAACUAAAGAAUGAGAUGGAGGAGGAGAUGGAAAAACUGAGGAAAGAGAAGGAAGAUGAGCUCGAAAAGUUAGAAAAGGAUAAAGAGGAAGAAAUGUUGACCAGGCUGAUGGAGAAGGACGAUGAAUUGCAAAAGUUAAAGGAGAAGGAAGAGGAGUUGCGGAAGAUGGUAAAGAGAAAGGAUGAAGAGCUGCAAAAACUCAAAGAUGGAGAAGAAACGUUUAUUUGUUUUACAAGCAAGGUAAUACCUCACGACAUCAAGAUUUUCCACUUGCCUACGCUGACGGAGCCACGGCUGAGCAAUCUCUAUAGUCACUAUCAUUCGGUUGACGAAGGAAUCGCUGAAGAGUGGCUUGCUCCACCUGAAAAAGGGGUACAUACGGAUACUUCCGGCCAAGGGCAGUUCGACGUGAACAACUGGUGGUUUGCGAAGACGUCUCAUCCUGAAGGCGGGACGACGAUGAUGGCUUAUUACUAUGGGGAUCGGUAUUGCAUACAUAAUCGUCGGUGGGGAACCAUUCGGAUUCCGUAUCCCAGUAGUGUUGAUAUUGCUGCGAACCGGAAUUUUUGCUUGGCUAAUUUCUGUGGCAAGAUCGUGUUUUGCUUCACGUAUAGGAAUUAG